AUUUGCUUAACCAUGGUUCGUUCUAUUAUUCUCAUUGCUGCUCUCUUCGUUGCUGCUGUCUCGGCUGCUCCUAGUCCUGAUCCUCUUGUUGGUGCCAAAGCUAAAAAUAUCGGUCUUCACGAUAUUUUCCUUAAUCGUUUGGGUAGACAUUUAGUCAGCGCCAAGAGACUUAAAGCCCACGAUAUCGUUCAAGGUGUCAAUGUUGGUGGCGAAAACGGUGGCGUGUUAAAGCGUGAUGAAACACCUACUGUUACAAUUGCCAAGCAGGCUGGUACAAAGGGAUUCAGAAGAAAUGCAAAAAACAAGGGUGCCGCUAAGGGUGCCAGAAACUAGG